GUUUGAACUAGAAAGGUGCGCUGUGUGUUCUCUAUUUAAAUUUCCCGCGUAAACGUAUCAAAGGCGUUUUCUAUUGUGAAAUUUAGGUAAAAUUGCAACAUGAUGCCACUUUUAAAGUUGUUUACCACCGUUCUUCUGGCAACUUUGGUGUGCUGUGAGCCUCCAGUCUACAGAUCUUACCAGAAUGGAUACAAUCGACCUUCAAAUAAUUACUUACCACCGAACCCAGGAUUCAAUCUGCCAAACACCUACUUGCCACCGCAUACUGGUUACCCAACAGAUUUUAAUAGCCACGGCCAAGGUCAUGGACAGAAUCACGGUCAUGAUCAUCACGCCCAUGGGGAUGAGAGUGAAGUGCCUAAAGCCUAUGAGUUCGGCUAUUCCGUAAAGGACGCGGCCACGGGAAACGAUUAUGACCGACGGGAAAUGUCAGACGGCAAUGAAGUUCGGGGCGAAUAUAGGGUGCAGUUGCCCGAUGGAAGGACUCAAAUAGUAUCAUAUCACGCGGAUUGGCAAACCGGAUUCCACGCUGAUGUCAGGUAUGAGGGAGAGGCGCACUACCCAGAAAAUAAUAAUUUAGGUUACAACACCGGUUACAACUAUAACACACCGGACUACUCUGGUUCUCUCAGCGGUUUCCAUGGUAACCAGCAGUUACCAAAGCCAUCGUACGGACCUCCAUCAUUCCAUUGAGACUUAAUUAAAAACAUGUACUUAUGAUUAAGUUUAUAUGCAAAAAAAUCUCUAAAGCAAUAUUAAUAUUUUACGAAUUCGAUAAACAUAUAUAGUUAUCACUUUCAAGAAAUUUUUGCAGAAUAUUUUUUUGCAUUCUAUAUAAAUACUCAUUUUUUAAAUAUCCCUGUUAUAUGACCUAUAAAGUAUAAACUCGACAAAAAUUUAGAGAUUUUUAAACUUAUAACAAGAAAGUAUUAUUAGUUUUAUCUUUCAAUACCACAAAGUAUUUUA